AUGGGAAUGGAGGAGGCUCGACAGUUCUUCUACAACCUCAUCCAUCCAGACUACAGUGCUGUGACCGAUGUGUAUGUGCUCAUGUUCCUGGCUGACACUGUUGACUUUGUCAUCAUCGUCUUUGGCUUCUGGGCCUUUGGGAAACACUCAGCAGCAGCAGACAUCACCUCUUCGCUGUCAGAGGACCAGGUCCCUGGGCCUUUUUUGGUGAUGGUCCUAAUUCAGUUUGGAACCAUGGUCGUGGACCGAGCACUAUACCUCAGGAAGACCGUCCUGGGAAAGGUCAUUUUCCAGGUCAUUCUUGUGUUUGGAAUUCACUUCUGGAUGUUCUUCAUCUUGCCUGGUGUGACUGAGAGAUUUCCCAGGUUGCUUCCACCAGAAACACUACUUGGGACCGAGUCGGUGCCAAACGCAUGAACAAAUGGAUGAGCCAAUGAAUGAAAGAGAAACAAGGGAGACUGCUAUAAAUAGGACAUUAUGGGAACAAAGGGUGAACAGAAGGGGACAUGGAAGCACCCAUAUAAUGUAAUAGGAAUGAUCUUUUUAAUGAACAUAUCAUUAAAAGUCUUCAUGUUUUACAAGAAGCUGAUCUUUUUAUCAUACCUCAAGGGUCAUUCCUGGCCAAGCCUUGUGAAUAACAUGGCAAUCUGGCUGGCCAAUGCCAUUUUCCGAAGAGUGACUAGAAAGUAAUGAAACCUGCUCUCACUUAUGUGGUUCAUAACUUGACUCAAAUGGCAUUCUUAACGAGGAAAUUCAACUCUCUCCUGACAAUGCUUCAGCUACCUGUCUACUCUCACCUGGAUGGUUAGGCUGUGACCUUUUGAUUUUGGUGGCAAUGCAAAUAUUGUAAAAGCAAAAAUGGAGUUAGGAUAUUUCCCAUGAGUCUGAAGUAAAACUAAGUCAAUAAAGAAUUGUUACCCAGAAAAAUAC